AUGUCAGAAAGUUCACUGUCUCCAAUUGACUUUUGUGAUCUCAAGCAUGUUAGAACUAUACAAGUUAAUAGAUAAGAAGAAAGGUUUUAAAAGAAAAGAACAUUGUUGUAUUAGAAUAAAGAGAUGUUGGAAAAGGAAUUUCUGAAACUAAAUCAAAGUUGUGAUUGUUCUGAAUGUGGAAAAGGGAGCAAGUAUUUUGAGAUGAUAAAAAAACAAUACCCAUUUAACGAAUCAAGGUAUUAGUUUAUAAGAUUGAAGAUGGUAAAAACGAAAAAGAGUGCUAAGGAGAUUUAAAGCUGUAAUUAAUGCGAUCAUUUUCAUCCUAACCUAUAAAAUGGAAGCUAUCAAAAAGUUUAGAAAGAGAAUGCAUAUCCUAAAAGCAGUUCGAAAUUUGACAACCAUAAGAAAACCAUAAGCAAUUGUUCCACCCCAUUUAUAACCCUAACCUGUCCUUUUGAUUCCUUAGUCUCAUCAGUCACAUAGGUUUAAUUAUUCAAUAAUUGAAGGAUAAAAACUGCUCCAGAGAACGACGAUGCUUUCUAACAUCAAAUUUAGAGUCAUGGCAGAGAACCAAGAAAAAGUUAAGUAUCUUAAUAUAUAACAAAAAUGUUUAAGGAUGCAAACCCUAAAUAAGAAAUUUAUCUUAAACCUCUUUGUGGUAUAAAUCGAAAGUCAUUUCAAUCAACAAAUGCAAAAUCAAUUACCUAAACUUCAUUUUCGCCUCAUACUCACUCCCAUUAUUAAUCAUUUUAAGCAAGUUUAUUACCAUACAGUCAUUUUCACAAAGACUCAAUCAAAAAAUCUAACAAAGAUUCCUCUAAGUAAAAUAAUAAAGAUAUUGUAAAAAUCAUAGAUUCGAUGAAAGUUAAACAUAGGAUUAUAUAAUGUAAAAAAUGA